AUAAAGCAAGGGUAGUGAAAUAUAUAUUUCGUUCAUGUCGAGCCUGUUUAUUCUGUUGCUAACUUUUUACAGUUCUACUGAGCUAGAAUGGCUAUUGAAGUACCUUGUUUAUUUUAGUUCCAAAAUGACCAAAUCCCCUGACCCUACAGGAGUCCAUACAGGACAUGUUUAUUCCAUAAAACAACAAUGCAAUGUAAUACUUUAUUCUGUGGUGAUUACAUGCAUUUCUGAUACUGGACAAAACCAGGUUUAUUUUUCGAAAUCGUACCUCGGGAUGCAUGUCUGCAACACCAGGAAAAAAGUUUGUCGACUGAACGAAGAAGUGAAAUUUGAUGUGCUAAUGAUUAUCGUGAUAGAUGACACAAAAUGCGUGAUACCGAAGAAAUUGCUCAACAUUUGGGCACAACAGUGGAAGAACUACUGAAAAAAAUGAAGAACUUACGAAGUCAAUAUGCCAGAGAGAGACAGAAGACACGCUUUUCACCUGUCACUAGCUGUCAAGUGUCCUCAUCAAAAUGGUACCUCUUGUCAGUACUGAAGUUUUUAGAGAAGUCUGAUGCCUCAAUAUCAACCAUUGAAGUCAAUGAAGAGGUGACCGAAGACAGAUUGAAGACCGACAAGAAGAAGGAGGCCGAUUUUCCAAACCAGCCACAGAACGGUAAUGCUGGCAGUGUCGCCACGGAGAAAAGGAUGAGGCUGGCGUACGAAGACAGAUUGGACAUUGGGAAUGCCAGGGAACCUCCGGCAGAAGACUCCUUUGACAUUUUUGGCAAAUUUGUUGCUUCGGAACUCAGGCAGAUGGAAACGGCGCAAAUUCAGAAAGUGGCGAGACUGCGCAUACAGCAGGUGUUGCUGGACGUGCAGCUGGACACAGUGAUGCAGCUUCCUCACCAAGAGCACUCCCAGUCUUAGUGAAGGAGCACAACGCAGUCCCAUAGAUGCAUAUUUAACUGGACAGGCAAGCAGGCCCUCAGCCAGCCUAAGCUGUGUAGCCCCAGAAGUAAGCCUGUACUGCGCGUGUUGAGCGCUAAACAUGGAGCUCCCAUCAAAGUGAAUGGGGAAUAUCAGACUUUUGAAGGCAAAAUAAACCUUCCCCAAUAGUAUUUUGAAACUCGAUUAAUAAUCGAAACGUUUCAUGUGAACAGCAGAUUAAUUAAAUGAAAUGUUGAAUUUUUUAGGCAAAUGUGCAGUAAAUACAUUUUUAUAAAUAUUUUUCCAAAACUUUUGGACUAAAACAACGACCAUUUCACAAAAUGAAAUUUAUGAUCACAAAAAACUGACCAAUGAGGUUUUCUUCGGUAGUUAAAUCAUCUUGGUUUUCUACAUUGAGCUCAAUGGGCAGCUAGCUCUUUUGCACUCAACAUGCGCAGUAGAGGCUGUUUUCCAUUACUUCUUAGCCUGCACUGCACGUCCUAAUCUCUACAGUUCCUAUAUAUGCACUCUGUGCAGCCCUGUAAGGAUGAGGACCCACAAUUCCAGGCCAAAAUGUAAAAUGUGACUUACUACGGCCCCCUGGUUAAUCCUAAUUGCUCUUUUUCUGUUGCUCUAUGCUAUCUUCCCUUACCCUUUGGUUAGCCUUGUAGGGCAAAGAGGCUACAGCGGUGCCAGUGAAGAAUAACAUAAAUCUCCCUGUCUCUGAAAUGUAAAUAAAAUAUGACUUAAUAAGA